UUAUUUUUUAAUCAUAUUAUCUUUACAGUUCGUUAAGAACAACAAUUAAAAAUGGACUUGUGCAGAUGUUGUCAUGCUGAAGGUUGUUUUCAAAGUUUAACGGAUUUAAUUAAUACGAUAACCUACGAAGAUAUGUUGAAGAUUUGCUUUGAUAUUAUGAUUUGCCAUUCACCUGAUAACACUAGACAAUAUGCUAUAUGUAACCAAUGUAUACUGAAACUGCAAGAUGCAUAUUCCUUCAAAAAACAGGUUAUAGAAAAUGAACAGAGAUUUUCAGAGUACAAAAAUGGUCUAGAAAUGUUUCCUGAAGUAAAACUCGAACCACCAAGCGAUACUGUACCAAUAGAUUUUGUGACUCCAGACGGACCAGAUGCUGCGGGUUUAUACUAUUUGGCCGAGUUAGUUGAAGAAUACAGUGUAAUGGCAAAGUAUGUGAUAUCAUGGAUUGUAGUGGUUACUGCAGUCAUACACCUUGGCUUAAUACUCUUUGAGAAUAUACCACUACAGUUAAAUAGUCUGGGACUAUUUCAACAAUUUUUGCAUGCAUUAUUGUUGAGAGAUUUCCCCGUGUUUCGGCUGACAAGUGUCACCUUUGUGUCGUCUGUGCUGAAUUUGAUAUUGCACCAUUACUUAGCGUUUAAGUUCUUUGGUACAACAUAUUAUGGCUUUUCGGAGGUGCUAGCCUACUUCACCUUAUGUCUAUGGAUAGUACCAUUCGCAUUAUUCGUGUCAUUAUCAGCCAAUGACUAUGUCUUACCCACCACGGGGGAAAGACAACAUUUGCUUGGUGAAAACAACGUGGUCACAGAUUAUCUAUCACAAAAAGCGAAGAGAUACAGUCUGUUGUCUUUCUUCAGUUUCGCCAAGGAUUCAAUAUUGCCACAACGAAAUAAAAAAUCGUUUUGAAUUACGCUAGAUUUUAUUUAUUAUUACAAAUUGUGAAUAAGUGUUACCAUAUUUGGGUGUUUUCUCGGCAUCGCUAUUCAGUAACUUGAUUUUAAUUUGAGUUCGUACCGCGGCUAAGCUGGACUGUAACACAGAGAAGAAGACUAUGUCAAAAAUACAAAAACGUCAUCUUAACAUUUUUAAAGUGACAUGAAAGUCAUACUUAGCGAUAAGUAUCCACUCUAAAUGUCCGUAGACAUUCCGGUUCUUAAUGUUCAAAUAACUACUUACAUAUAUGUUAUAUUAUAAUAACAAUUCUGCGUUCAAUUUAACCUUUGCUAGUAUAAAACUUUAAAAUGAUAUAUUUUAUGGACACAACCUACUGAGAAGUAGGCUUUAAAUAAAGGCAAUUAUUUAAUACAAGUUUCCGUUCAUAUAAAUACAACAGUCUAAUUAAAUUCUUUAAUGAGAUUCAAAAACUAUUGUAAAACGAUCGAGGUCCGGGCCAAGCUAAGUACAAGUACGCGAACUCUGGUUUCUAUUGUUGUUGGUAUUGCAGAAAAAACUUAACUAAUCUGUGAAGCCAUAAAAUAAUGUAUUAAUUGCAAAAACAAUAAUCAUCUGAAACAUCAAUUUGUGUCUGGUAGUGUAAGGAGAAAAUAAUUUCAAAAGCAGUUUAAACAAUAAAAUAUAUUUUUAACAUAUCAUUUAUUUAUGCAACGUAGUAAAAUGUUUUAAAGUAUUAUCUGUGUAAUGUGUUAAAGUUCAUUAAUAAUUAUCUGUGUUUGUAAUUGCACAAAUGUAUUGGCCUAAGGCCUAUAUACCAGGCCAUAAACUCAAAAAAAAAAACGUUUGGCGCCAAAUUAGUCUCGCUCGAGGAUGUCCAUUACUUGGCUUAAACUAAACCUUGUUGGGUGUCAUAGUUCGUGCUAAAUAUCGUUUCUGAAUUUUACCCUAUCACUAAAGCUCUAAAGCAUUUGACUGAUUUAGUUCGAAUAAUGGGGUAAGUGUUCAUUUCGACUGCUGAGCUACAAAAAUAUAGUCUGCCAAGUUGGCGUGGUAAAUGUAUAUCGACUUUAUGUUAACCAAUAAAUAUUUAGAAUGUCAGCUUUUGUACGCAACGAAUGUGAAUAAGAAAACUGCGUAAUUUCGAGUUACAGUAAACCGCACUUAAAAUAGUGUGUUUUUUAAUCUGGAUAUUGCGACUGGCAACUCACUUAUUUCUUAAUAUCUUAUUUAUUUGUAAAUAGUACAAGGUUCUUAAUUUAUGGUUUUUGUAUGUUUGAAAUAAAAUUGUUAAAACAG